CACAAUUAAAAUUUAUACGAUGAUUUCUAGAAUUCCCUUAAGACUUGUCAGAUCAUUAAAGCCUCUUAAUAUGACCACAGUUUGUGCUCCAUUUUGUACAUCAAUAGAAAAGGUUAAUAAAGCUGGUUAAAAAUUGGUGAAAAUAGUUGAAAAAGAACUCAAAUACGAAAAAACUAAUUAUGCUCCUGAUGAAACAGCCUUAGAAUUUGUUUAAAAAGCUGGAUUCUAAUUGAUCGAUUCUGAAAGUGAUCACUAAGUAACUUUGGAAAAAAAGGUUGGUGACAUCAAAGUCAUUGUCCAAUUCCAAUCGAGACAACCAAACUCUGAGGAGUAAGAAGAAGAAGAGGCUGAAGAACAUAAAAACCAGAAAGAAACAGAAGAAGAAGAAGAAAACUAAUCAGCUGACUAUGCUGACUUCACUGUUUAUCUUUAGAAAAACAAUGGAUAAAUUCUAUGCUAUGAAUGCACAACCUCUUAAGGCGAAAUAAAUGUCAACAUGGUAAGUCUCGUCAAAGACCUAGAAGCACACAAGAAAAUCCCUAGAUUCGAAAGAGGAUUAUAAGACUAUCAAGGACCAGAAUUUAUGACCUUAGAUGAGAAAUUAUAAAUGACAUUGGUCGAAUACUUGAGAGGGUAUGGAAUCAAUGACGAACUAGGAGCAUUCGUAGAACACUAUUCUUUGGACAAAGAAGAGAGACUAUACAUUUAAUGGUUAGAUCAACUAACAACAUUUUUGAAGAAUUGAGGAAAUGAAAUCAUCAUUUAUUGUUAUAUUAAUAGUCAAUAUUUUUGGAAUUA